GGCUAUCAAGAGCAAGAUGCAUCGGAGCAGCCCGCCACGCCGCAAAGCCCGGCAAGCCAUGGAGUCUCAAGCAGCUCGGAGGGGACCCCGAGCGACAUGAGGAAGGCACCUCGGAUGAGCGAUGUGAAGAAAGACAAAGGAGAGUUGCCAGCUGUUGCUGGCGCAGAACGGAGGCCAGCUUCGGGGAGUUCUGCACGGGACUCUCUGCGGAGCCCACAGGGCACAAGUCCUCCUGCACCCAGCGUCCAGUCGACAAUGGAUCAGGUCGAGGCAAAAGUAAAUGCCAGCACUGCUGGAGAGUGGGUGAACAAACUGAAGGCGCUACAGGAUGUUGCCGACGAGCAUUCCUCGUGCGCCUGCAGGAUUAUGGGCCACGUGGAGGACAUGUUUCCUGAGGCGCGAGAGUUCUCCAGUUCGACCAAGUCCAAGAUUCUGGACGAAAUCUACUUGCAGCUUGAGCUGAGCCGGGAGCUCCUGGAGCGACAUGCCCAAGGCCUCAUUGGGACGGACUUGGCCGAGCUCAAAAUGAUGAAAGCAGAGUACAAGCGACUGGAUGACAGGUUGGCGAGGAUGAACAAGCUGUUUGCGAAGGAGGUGAGCAGUCUUCGAGAGUUGCUCCAGAAGAAGAAAGAGGGUGUGGUACCGACUGCUCCACCCAAGAGCAGCUACGAACCCCUCAUGUUCAUGGAGCCCGCUCAACGGGGUUGGUUGCUUGGUCUUCUCGAAGAGAAGCUGGAGGCUCUCUUGGAAGCGAAUCCUGACAUCGAGCGCAGAGUCAACACCUCUGAGCUCGCACGCCUGCGGGAUCUCUUCAAAAAAGAGCAGCAGAGCUCGUUGGAACGGAAAGUUGCCAAGCUCAACGAGGAAGAUCAGGCGGCAAGGAAGCAGAUUGCUGUCCUGGAAGCCUACAACGAGAAGUUGAAGCUGGAGAUAAGAAAGAUUGAUGAUAGCGGCUCUUCGACUUCGACCUUGGUGGACGGGCUAGCGCCCGACGGCAGUUCAAGCCUCGUGGUCGUGAAACAGACUUCCGGCUCGAGUGCUGCAAUGUCACCUCCUGCUGGCAAGCCCAAAACUGGUCGGCCGAAGAGGGGCGCAACCUUCACAAGAGCUGGCUCUGGUGAAGAAGUUGCAGCUCAGGCGGCGCCUGAGUUCUUGCAACUCCCCGAAGGCUCCUAA